CGAACGCCCUCGGGAGAGGCCGAGGCCCGGAGCGCGGCCGGGCGGGACGGCGGGGCGUCCCGCCGACGGCCGGGUUCGUGCGCGGAGGCUGCGGCUCUCGCGUCCCAGCUCGCGGCCGCAGGGGCCGCUGCGCCGAUUUGUCAUAAAAAGUCUCCUUUGAGAAAAAGCGCCUGAUUGAAGGAUGGCAGAAGCAGUCUUGAUUGAUCUCUCCGGUUUAAAGUUGAACUCUCUGAAAAACUGCCCUCAGACCUUACUGAAGACACUGAAUGGUAUUCACCAUCACCACGCUCCCAAGGCCAAGUUCCUUUGCAUAAUGCGUUGCAAUGAAGACACCAAGGAAAGGGAUGGUGAUUUGGGUCUCCGUGAACUGGAGGCGGGAAAUGGAUUUUCCCUUCUCAUGGGAGAAUUUGAGACUGUCAGCAACCCCAGCAUGGCUGCCUCUCUGUAUACCAUUAAACAAAAAAUUGAUGAAAAAAAUCUGAGCCGUGUAAAGGUGAUUGCACCUGAGCAGCGGAAACCGCUACUGAAGGCGUUUGUUGGUCAACUCUUCACUAAUGUGUAUGAUUUUGAGUUUGAGGAUUUACAGGUCGCUUGGAGGGAUAGUCUUUUGCAACCAUCGGCUGAAAGAGAUGCGGCCGCAGGUCACGAGCUAGAAGACACACAGAAUGAAGUAGAAACAUACCUAAGAAGCCUGCCGGCUCUGAAAGGGGACCUGACUAUUAUCACAUCACCUUUGAUCCCAGAUCUCUUCAUACAUGGGUUUACUACGAGAGCAGGCGGCAUAUCAUAUAUACCAACUCUCAGCUCACUCAAUCUUUUCAGUAGUUCCAAACGGAGAGAUCCCAAAGUAGUUGUUCAAGAAAAUGUUCGUAGGUUGGCGAAUGCUGCAGGAUUUAAUGCGGAGAAAUUUUACCGAAUAAAGCCUGACCACGCCAAUGAAGUAUGGACUAUGGGGAAGAAGGAGCCGGAGUCUUAUGACGGAAUAGUCACAAACCAGAGAGGAGUCACGAUCACAGCUCUGGGUGCCGACUGCAUACCUCUAGUCUUUGCAGAUCCUGUGAGGAAAGCAUGUGGGGUGGCUCACUCUGGCUGGAAAGGUACUUUGUUGGGUGUAGCGAUGGCCACUGUAAAUGCUAUGAUAGCAGAAUAUGGCUGUAAUUUGGAAGACAUUAUUGUUGUUCUGGGACCAUCAGUAGGACCUUGCUGUUUCACUCUGCCCAAAGAAUCAGCAGUCUCAUUUCAUAACCUUCAUCCUUCAUGUGUGCGACAGUUUGACUCACCUAAUCCCUAUGUUGACAUCCGAAAAGCCACCAGGAUUCUUCUAGAACGAGGUGGAAUUCUUCCACAGAAUAUUCAAGAGCAGAAGGAAGAGCUUGACCUCUGCACAUCCUGCCAUCCUGAGAAGUUUUUUUCCCAUGUCCGAGAUGGUCUUAACUUUGGCACACAGAUUGGCUUCAUAUGCAUUAGAGAAUGAGGUACACAGCCUCUUCCAUAGUGUUUCUCCCACUUCAGUCUCUUUACAUAUCCCCUCCCCAAUUCCCCUCCACUCUCCUCCUCCUUUCAGCCUUUCCUGCCUUAGUGGAAAAAGUAACUUAGUAGCAUUCCUUCCUUCCUAUAAGAAUAACCAAGUCUUAAUUCUAUUUAAUUUUUUAUGUGUUUGUUGUUUGGGUUUUAGAGGCAGGAUUUCUCUGUGUAGUUGUGGCUGUCCUGGAACUGCUAUAUAGAACAGGCUGGCCCUGAACUCAGAGAUCCACCUGUCUCUGCCUCCCAAGUGCUGGUAUUAAAGGCAUGCAACAUCACUGCCCAGCUCAAGUUUUAAUUUUUAAGUGACAAGAUAGUAUAGAAAAGUUCACUUUCAGCAACAUACUCUAUGGUGAAUAAUAUUCAUUUAUUUUCUAGUUUGUGAAGAAUAAUUAGGCAGGUUUAUGCUAAAAGUUUCAAAAUAAUUUAGUCUUUUAAAUAUCCUAUAUGAAAAAGUCUUUGUCUCUGCUGUGUACCUGAUCUAUGAGUGUUAUAUUAUAAUGUCUUAUACCUUUCAUUAUUGUUUUAUGAAAAAAUGGAUUAAUAGUUUAAAAAUGGUGAUCCUACCAAAACCAACCUGCAGAUUGACUGAAAUCCCCAUCAAAAUUCCAACACAACCUUUUACAGAUACUGAAAGGACAAUGUUCAGCUUCAUGUGGAAACACACACACAUACACACACACACACACACACACACACACACACUAAAACAGGAAUGCUAAACCAAUCCUGAAUAAUAAAAGAAUUGCUGGAGCUGUCACCAUUCUGGAUUUCAAGUUGUACUACAAAGUUAGAAUACUAAAAACCCCAUGGUUUUAGCAUAAAAAAGACACCUUGAUCAAUGGAAUCAAAGAAGACCCAGGCAUAAAUCUACACCUAUGAACAUCUGGUUUUUCAUCAACAGUGUGUAUUCCAGAAAUACACACUGGGGAAAAAAGACAUCUUCAACAAAUGCUGUUGAUCAUACUGUAUGGCCACAUGUAGAAGAAUCCAAAUAGAUCCAUACUUAUGACCCUGCACAAAAAUCCACUGCAAAUGGAUCGAAUACCUCAACAUAAAACCAGGUACACUGAGCCUGAUAGAAGAACAAGUGGGGAACAGGCUUGAACUUACUAGUACAGGAAAAGACUUUCUGAAUAGAACACUGUUAGCACAGGUACUAAGAUCAGCAAUUAAUAAUGGGGCCUCACGAAAUUGAGAAACUUCUGCAUGGCAAAGGACUCUGUCAUUUAAACAAAGUGGCAGCCUGCAGAAUGUGAAAAGAUUUCACCAACUCCAUGUCUAAUAGAGGACUAAUAUCUAAAAUAUAUAAAGAACUAAAAAAAUUGAUUUAUAAAAACCAUAUAACCCGACUAAAAUGGGUUACAGAUAUAAACAGAUAAUUUCCAAUAGAGGAAACUCAAAUGGUUGAUAAAAAUAUAAAUAAAUGUUUAACAUCCUUAGCCAUCAGGAAAAUGCAAAUCAAAACCACUUUGAGAUUCUAUUUUACACUUAUCAGAAUGCCUAAGAUCCAUAAUGUAAGUGACAGCUCAUGCUGGUGAUGAUGUAGAGCAAAGGGAACAUUCCUUCAUUGCUAGUGGGAAUGCAAAUUUAUACAAGCACUAUGGAAAUCAAUAUGGCAGUUCCUCGGAAAGAUGGGAAUCAGUAUACCUUAAGAUUCAGCUAUACCACUUUUGGGUAUAUACCCAAAGGACACUUCAUUCUACCACAGGGACACUUGCUCAGCCAUGGUCAUUGCUGUUCUGUUUAUAAUAGCCAAAACUUUGAAACAACCUAGAUCUCCCACAAUAGAAGAAUGUAUAAAGAGUAUUUGGUCUAUUUACACAAUGGAGUAUUACUCAGAUGUUUAAAAAAAAGACAUCAUGAAAUUGGCUGACAAAUGGAUGAGAUUAGAAAAAAAUCAUCCCAGGCUGGAGAGAUGGCUCAGCUGUUAAAGGCUAGGCUCACAACCAUAAAUAUAAGAAAAAAUUAUCCUGAGUGAGGUAUCUCAGACUCAGAAAGACAAAUAUGUUAUGUAUUUGCUUAUAUGUUUAUAUUAUCUAUGAAGGCAACGAUAAGCAAGCUACAAUCUGUAGACCCACAGAGGGUAGGCAAGUAUAAAGGGCUAGAGAAAGCAGAUCUCGGUAAGAAAGGGAAAUAGAACAGAGCUAUGGAUGAGGCGGGGGUGUGGAAUGUGAGGAUCAAGUGGGGAGAGGAAAGAGGGUUGUGUCAGGGAAUACAGGAAGAGAGCUAAAAUGAGGGGGGUUUUGAGGGCUAGAUAUGGAAACCUAAUAUAGUAGAAACUUAAUAAAAUAUGUACAUGUAUGGAGGCGAUCUAAAUUAACUCCACAAAUAAUGGGAGGGAGAGAGUCCCCAUGGCCAUUUCUUGUCACCAAAUGAAGCUUUCCAUACUGGGAUUGGGUUACAGCUAAUUGGCUUGUUGGCCACAGGAAUCCCUAAACAACCCAGACUGUUGCCAAGACUUUAGGUUGCUCUCCACAAGCUGACAGCAAGGCCCCAUUGUUGAAGACAACACCCACACAACUCAUUAAGAACUGAGAUGUCAAGUCAGUGCCUCCAUAGAGAGAGCCUUUACCCCUACAUUCCAGUGUCUUUGGCAUAAGAACAUAUUCUGCAUGCUCUUAAAAAGAAAGAUAAACACCAAGACAGCCACCCUUCUCUAUAAUACUGUAUUGUCUGCAAGAUAUGCUAGUGCAAUGGUGGCACAAAGCCUUUGCGAGUAACCAACCAGUAACUGCUCUGACUUAAGACCCAUUCCACGAGAUGGAACCAAACCUGAUACUGCUUGGGUGACCAAGAACCUGAGACUAGAUAGUUCAAGGACAUAGGGUAAAACCAAAUAAUUCUGGUCUAAAAAAAGAAAAAAAAGGAUGAAAUGACAACUCCCAGGCAUAUUCAGCUAUACUCAUAGAAUAGUUCCUUAUUUGGCUCUCCUCAGAGAAACUUCCUCCUGUAGCUGAUGGGAACAAAUAUAGAGACCACAGCCAGACAUCACCCAGAGUGAGAGACCAGAUUUUCCCAACAGGUCAGCUCCCAGCUUCACAUCCUCACUGUUUAUUUUUUGUGAAGCCUCUAUGCUGAUCUCUGUAAUGGCUGUUUGAGUAUAUACUCCAACCAACAGUAAACAAGAGCUAGACUUUCCCCACAUCUUCAUCAGCAUUUGUUGGCAUUUUUCUUUUAUUUACCUAUUUUUAUGUGUAUUAGUAUUUUACCGGCACGUAUGUCUGUGCAUCACGUGUGCAGUGGCCAGAGAGGCCAGGAGAGAAUGUCAGACCCCUGAGAGUGGAGUUACAGAUGGUUCUGAGCUACCAUGUGGGUGCUGGGAAUCAAACUCAGAUCAGCAGGAAGAACAGCCAGUGUUCUAAACCACUAAGCCAUCUCUCCAGCUUUGUCACUCUUCUCUCUUGGUAGCAGCCAUUCUGACGAGGGUUAGGUAGACUCUUAGUUGUUUUUUGUUGUUGCUGUUGUUUUGUUUUUUAACUUUUAUGUCUCUGCUGGCUAAAGGUGUUGAAUGGGUUUUCAAUCUAGUUUUGGGCUUUUGUGAUUCUUUUGAGACCCAUCUGUUCAUUUCAGCACAUGAACUGUCAGUAAAUGAGGCUUGCGGUGUUGUUGGUGCUAGAGCGUCAUUUCAUUGAGCUCAUGUAUAUACAUACGUACUGGAUAGAUGUUAAGUCCCCUUUUGAAGUGUAUCUGGAAAAAAUUUUGUAGCACUCUGUAAGCUGCUUGUCCUCAGACUGUGUUUUUCUAAUUCUUCGCUGUGUAUUGUUUUGUUUGAAGCCCAUGUAUUUAGGUAGCCAUACUUUGCAUUAUAUACUCCAGCAUUCCAAAACCAAAUAAAAUUACGUUUUAUUA